ACAAGAAACCUGAUGACUGGGUUGAUAAUCCAAAGAUUCCCGAUCCUAGUGCUAAAAAGCCUGCUGAUUGGGAUGAGGAUGCACCAUACGAAAUUCCUGAUGAAGAUGCCAAAAAGCCUGAAGGCUGGCUUGAUACUGAGCCUUUGAACAUUCCAGAUCCGGAAUCCAAAAAGCCUGAUGACUGGGAUGAUGAAGAGGAUGGCGAUUGGAUUCCUCCAACUAUACCUAAUCCAAAAUGCGAAGAAGCACCUGGUUGUGGCGAAUGGAAACGUCCAAACAAGCGUAAUCCUAACUACAAAGGAAAGUGGUACGCUCCAGAGAUUGAUAAUCCAAAAUACAAAGGUCCAUGGGCACCUCGUAAAAUUCCAAACCCUGAUUUCUUUGAAGACUUGAAUCCUUCUAAAUUUGAAAAGAUUGGCGCUGUUGGAUUUGAACUCUGGACUAUGCAAAGCAAUAUUUUAUUUGAUAACAUCUAUAUUGGCCAUUCUGAGGAAGACUCCCAGAAAUUCGCUGAAGAGACUUGGGGCGUAAAAUAUAAGAUUGAACAGGCUGAAGAAGCUAAAGAAUAUCCUGAUAAAGGAGAAAAUGAAACUUCUGGUACAUUUGUCGAAACCAUACAAAAACAUGUAAAUGAAUUUCUUGAAAUUUUCUACGAUGAUCCUAUGGAAGCAUUCAAAGAAAAACCAGAAGUUGCGGGUGGUUUAGCUGUAUUGGUUGUUAUACUCAUUUCACUUCUCGGAGUAUUGUUUAAUUUACUAUCUACGCCCCAAAAGGCUUCUGCACCACACAAAAAGACUGACGAAGUAACUCCUGAUGAUAAAGAUGCUGAUAAGGGUGAUGCAAGCGCUUCAAAAGAUGAUG